AUGUGUUUACAUUGUCAUGCUCAGUGUGACGAGACAAACAGUUUCUGCAGCAUGGAUCGGUUAAGUGAAUUUCCAGAUGAAAUUAUUAUCUACAUUCUGUCAUUUUUGAAGUUGAAAGAAGCAGCAAGGACUAGUGUCCUCUCUAGAAGGUACCGGGGACAUCUGUGGAAAUUUGCGUCCAGUAGCUUGGACUUUGAUGAUUCAUUGUUACAAUAUCUCAGGAAGAAGAGCUUUUUUAAAACUUUACCUGGAAUUGACAGGGAUAGGUAUGUCGGUUGGGUAAAUCACGUAUUGCAAUUGCACCAGGCUCAUACCAUAGAUGGGUUUAAAGUUUGUUUUCCUCUGGAUGAGGAGUAUAACAAAUUGGAUAUUGACAAUUGGAUACUUUUUUCAUUGAGAAAGAAUGUGAAAAGGCUUUCAUUGGAUUUCAACCCUAUUUUUCAGAAGGUGUAUAGGGGAUAUUACACUCUUCCUACUUAG